AUUUUUUUCCGCCAGGGGGGUUUUUUUUUUCAUUUUUCAUUUUUCAGUCUUUAUUCUCAAUUUUACAAUUUAGCAGCACCCCGACUGAAAAAAACGCUUCGGACUAGCCAUGGACACCAGUGACUUUGAGACCCCAGAGCCGGUUCUCAAGCGAAAACCCCCGGUAAAAAUUGGACCUUGCAGCAAAGUUAGCCGCACUAACGCCUACGCGCCUGACGACGAGAUUGGAUUUGUCGCCAAUGGCAAAGGAAGCAAAGCCAGCGAAAACGUAUCGCCAAGGACCUCGGCAAACACUACGAGAAUCAGCAGCGACGAGUCCACCGUCCUUGAAGUCGACGGGAGCGAUGAUGAUGAGGAUGAAAUCACCUGGGGAACAGAGAAACUGAAGGCAGCAUUGCUGAAGGUGCCGCGUUUUUCAUCUGUUGUGGCGUUGCCAGCUAUGUCGAGCAGAAGGCGCGUGUCGGCAGUAUCGGCAAGUAAGGCACAAAUGGUGAAGCCAGCGGCCAGACCAAAGAUGACGAGGUACACAAUCCAGGCAGGCGAACAGGAGGAGGACGAUACGCUGGAGGUUAUGAAUGAGAGCACGUUUAAUGACGGCGAGGGGUCUGCCAACGACCUUCCGUGCCGGUCCCUGGACAACUUUGUUAUUUUCAACAAGAUGGACAACAACGCUCUUAUCGAGAUCUCAGAGCUUUACGAGGACAACAUUGACCUUUCGAUUUCCGGCAACGUCGUGCCGCUUGAAAUGGGCGAGGUCGACAUCUACUGCAACUACAACUAUGGCGACGAGGAUGGUGAGGAUGACGACGAGGAAGUUGAUAGCAAUGCCAAUGGCAAUGUUAGCCGCCAACGCGGGAAAACUGCUGCUCCUUCAAAUGGCGCAAACACAAAUCGCGCCGGCCGUGCCAACGGAAGCAGCGGCUUUACUCAGCGCAUCUACCUGUCUGCAAUCGUAAGCUACGAGGCGUAUCUUACGUCAAGUGGAGAAACAGAGGUUUGGGCGCGCACCACGUUUGGCUGGUACAAACUGCUUAGCCCACAUCCAGAUUACGCCCACGCCUACGCACCAUUCUACAAGUCCAUAUACAUGGCGCACCAGGCGCUAUUCCUGGCGAAGACAGAGCCCCGGCUUUCACUCUCCAACUUUAUUGUUAGAAUGCGGCAGAGCCCCUGCGACAUCAUCGCAUGCUUGUCGCCUAUAACGGAAGGCGAGUUCCGCAAAUACCGCGACGACAUAAUACUCGAGAUCAACGCCUGCGCAGAGGCCUCCGACAUGGAGAAUCUGCUAGACACGCAACUUAUCCGUACAAUAUGCCGCGAGCCCAUUAAAAACGAGUCCUCAAAACGCGAGUUCAGAACCACGACCACCACUGUGACUCCGAUUAGCAGGCCAGCCCCAGCACCUAGAAACAGAAACCCGCGCGCGCCUGUUAACAUUAGCAGCAAAACGGCGACCAAGGAGAACCCUGCGUGCGUCACAACGCUGGUCGCAUCCAUUGCCAAGGGGCUGUAUGCCCAGCACCUGGUAAACGUGAGUCAUUUUGCGACGGGCCCUGCGUCAAGAGCCACUGCAGCUGCAUCCAGUUCCGGCGCUGACCCCGAUUCCGAGACCAACACUGCUGACGACGAGGGCGGGGCAGCCACCAAGGGCCCAAAGUCCAAGUUCGACUGGCAGAAGAAGCACGCCUCCAAAAAGAAGAUCAAUAAGGCUCAGGCGGAGAAGGACCUGGGCAAGGUAUCGGUGCCCGAUUUGCGGAACGGGGGCAUUGACCUAUGCUAUUUUAAGGGCAGCAAGGUAGAGGGCUAUUAUGAUUCACGGCUCCCGCGGAUCGAUGAUGACAAGCGCCAUUACAGUGAGGUCCUGGUGACACCCAAGCCUGAUGCCAACAAUGCGACCGGGGAGACGGAGCCGGUGUCCAUCAAGGUCGGCGACACAGUUCUUGUUUCGGUCAUGCGGCCGACAGCUGACCACGCGCUCGAGACCAUCUGGGAGUCGGAGGCCACUGACGACAAUCUUGACGCCCUGCAGAACUCCACCACCGUGUCUGGGCCGUUUGUGCGGGUGUUCCAGAUCACCAUGAUCAUGUACUCGACCGGCAGCCGCUGCUGGAUGUUCCAUGGGCGGAUGUUGCUUCCCGGGCGCGACACGAUACUUCAAGAGGUUGCGCUGCCCAACGAAUGGUUCCUGGUGGACCAGUGUCACACACUUUCGCUCCUCGCCAGCCUGUGCGGCAAGAUCAACAUCCCAUUCAUUCCGACUAAGCAGGAGCUGGAUACGUUCGACAUGGUGUCCGAGAAGAAGAUGUUCUGCCGCUUCUGGUACGACACGGCAUCAGCGAUGUUCGAGGAUGUCAACCUGCACGCGCAGGCGAUCGGCAAGAGCAUCCCAAUGUGGUGCCCGUCGUGCCGGUACAAGCAGACGAGCGAGGAGAUCAAGAUUGGUCGCGCGAUUGUCGGCUCGAAGAUGGUCCCUAGGCUGAGCCAGUCUCAGGGCUCAUUGCAGAGCGUGAACUGCCCCGAGUAUGUGCAGACUGCGACCGUCAAUGGAAUCGAGUACCAUGUCAACGACGUUGUGUACUAUCCGUCCCAGCACCAGGACCAGCCCUUUGAGAUUGGGUACAUCAACAAGUUCUUUGACAAGCUGGCGUUCAUCAACAAGGUCAAGGGCACCACGCGCACGUUGAGCGCCGAGAUCCAGAUUUUGAAGCGCAUGGUCGUGUUGCCUGUAGAGAAGCGCCCCGCUGGCCAGUGUGAGUACAACGACGGGCGGGAGCUCUACUGGACGCCACAGGCCAAGGACAUUGACGUGUCGACGUUUCGCGGCAAGUGCUGGGUGGUGCAUCCGGAGGAGGUCGACGGCAGCCUGAACUUGUACAAGGAUAACGACGUCAACGCGUUCUAUGCCCGCUACGAGUCGACCAAGCUUUGGCCCGACAAGCAGGCCCACUGGGUGGAGCUCAAGCCGUUCAGCGAAGCGCCAGAGGCAGACAGCGACGCGGAUGGCGAGGAGGAGGACGAGCGCAUGCCGGCGGCUCCCUGCUGCAGGAUCUGCAGGCGCCAGCGCGAGUGGCGCACGCGGUUGAUGGCGACCUUUAUCCAUGGCGCUACCAAGCCUGUUUCCGCGCACAGCCGGGCGGACGCGCCAAGAGCCAGCUUCAUGCGCGGCCGGCAUCCCCUGCGCGCUCUCGAUCUGUUCUCAGGCUGCGGCGGUCUGACCCAGGGCAUGGACCAGUCGGGGAUUGUCAAGACCAUGUGGUCAGUCGAGUUCAUGGAGUCUGCCGGUGUCACGUUUGCCAAGAACCACCCGAAGGCGCAGGUCUACAACCAGUGCUCCAACCUGCUGCUGGACUCGGCCAUCAAGGCGCACCAGGGCAUUCCGGUCGAGCCGCUGAUCAACAAGUUUGACGGUAGGCAGCUGCCGCCAAUGCCGCAGCCGGGCGACGUCGACUUUAUCUACUGUGGGCCGCCAUGCCAGGGCUUUUCGCGCUGCAACCGGUUCCUCAAGGCCGACGACAUCAAGACGUCGCUCAUCGCCAACGCGCUGUCCUACGUGGACUUUUACCGGCCGUCGUAUUUCCUUCUGGAGAAUGUCCGCGGCCUGCUCAACUACAGACUAGGUGGUGUGCAAAUUGGCAAGGGCCGGAUUGGUGGUGGCAUUGAGAUGGGCGUGCUAAAGUUCAUCCUGCGCACGCUGACCAACAUGGGUUACCAGACGCGCUUCUUUGUGCUGCAGGCGGGCAACUACAACCUGGCGCAGUCCCGUCGGCGGCUGUUUGUCUGGGGUUGCAAGCGCGGAUGCCGGCUUCCCGAAGUGCCGCGUCCGAUCAGUACUUUUGCAAAGUCCAACCAGACCAACAUCAACUUUCCGAACGGCACCGUGUACGCGCCCUUUGCGCAUCUCAAUGGCAAUGCCCCGCACCACGCGGUUACCGUUGGGGAUGCGAUCGGCGAUUUGCCAAAGUUUGAAUUCAUCAACCCGGCGAUCCACUAUCCGGACCCAGAGCCUGUGCGCAACAGCGAGUGGCCGCAGUACCAUACCGUGUAUGGGAGUGCUCCGGGGCUGGAUCCCAAGCUGGCCAACCUCUCGUUUGUCGGGCUUAUGGAGAUGCAGUACUCGCAGGCUCCCAUGAGUGAGUUUCAGCGGCUGCGCCGGCGCCGGGAACAGAUCUGCAUUCCCGGGGUCAAGGGCGACUACGACGAGCUGGUGGACACGCUGUAUAACCAUGUUUGCCGCAAGUUUAAGGCUGACAAUGUCGAGCGUAUCUGCAGGGUUACGAUGGAACCCGGCAUGGACCAUAGUUCGCUUCCUCUGACGCUCCGGCCCUGGUGCUUGUCGUCGGAGGAGAGCGCGGCGUCGCGGAACAACGGCUGGAAGGGGCUUUUCGGCCGCAUAGAUCCUAAGCAGUACUUUGGCACGGCGCUGACGGAGAUGGAGCCGAUGGGAAAGAGUGGCACGGUUCUGCUGCAUGACCAGCGCCGGUUGUUUACUGUCCGCGAGUGCGCGCGUGCGCAGGGUUUCCCCGAUACGUUCAGGCUGUAUAAUUUCAACGAGAAGUGCGUCAAGGAUAUGUACAGGCAGGUGGGCAAUGCGGUUCCGCCGCCGCUGGCGUAUGCGCUGUCGCUGGAACUGCGCGACGCCCUGUUUAGGGACUUUAUAGACAACGCGCCGGAUGAGACGCUAUACCCUGUGGAUGACGAGGCGGGCCGCAACUGCGAGGACGACAUUUUAGGCGACAUUUACGUUGACCUGUCGAGAAAGUCGAGCAAGCGGGAGAACAUGGAGAUGGACGAGUAAUUGUCGAGAUGAGGCCAGUAGUAGUAUUGGUAUACGUUAUUUUAUUUUGAAUCAUUUAUGGUUGGAAAUCCCCACUCAGUGCAUAAAAUAACAGAAUAUCAACCAUGAGUGUUAGCUAUCUCAAUUAUUACGUGAGACACCACCAGUAAUUCAUCUAUAAAACAAUUAUUAAACUUUUUA